AUGGCUUCUCAUAGCUAUUCAACUCUUGGGUUUGGUCUUGUUCAAGAGAUAGGAAGCAACGAAAUCAUCAAGAGCCGUGCUUAUCUGGUGAAUCCUGGAGGAAGAAAACCUGAGAUAAAACCAGAAAACUCCUGUAGCCUGAAGCUACACCACUCGGAGCCAUGGAAGCCUUUUUGUUCUUUGAGAAAGUCUAAUCACUUUGUGGAAUUUGACUCUGCCAUGAUGAAGCAUAGGUUCUUAGAUGUUCAUGGCAUGUGUUUGUCAUCAGACGAGGUUGAUCUUGAUACAGAGAGUCUGGAAAAAACUAGAGUCAAGCCUUCGUCAAAGAAACAGAAUCAGAAGAUCAGAGACGGAGAGAACGAUCACUACAGAAGAUACACUCUCCAUCCAUGUGAGAUCCUUCUCUCUUUGAUGUUCAGCAACGAAGAACAUAGACAAAUCACAAUGCGAUCUCUAAGAAAGUCAGGUGGAGACCUCUCAGAGUUUUUGACUCAGCUUUCAGUCAGCUUUGCUGGAACCGGUCUCGCUGUGUUCCUCUCUGUGGCAUGCUGUUUUGCUUCUAGGCGACUACUGUUUUGGGCAGACAAGGUCUUUGACAGUGGACAGGGUUUAUUUGACAGUGGACUGGGUUUGAGUUUGGUAUUGCUCUCAUGGGCGGUGACUAGACUCAAGAAAGCUAUUGUCCUUGUCAGUAGGAGGAAAGGGAUCAAAUACGCAGAAUCGGCAAAUAGAGUUGAGAGAAGAAUCAAGGAUGUUUACUUCGGAGCUGCAAUGGUUUUCGUCAUGAUCGUACGUAGGAUUGAUUGGAUGUUGCGAUGA